AUGGCUGCGGCUCGCGUCCAGAUAGGUCUCGCCUCGCGUUGCGUGGCAUCAACCCUCUCACAACCUAUCGGACCCUCGGAAGCGCAGAUCUACCUCCUUGCCGUGCACCAGCGGAGCUCCACAGGCGGUCGAGCUCAUCGCAGCCGACGGCAUUCACUGGGACCACCGUCACCGAUCGCGGCUUCACGUCGAGCGCGAUCCUUUCAUCUCGACAGCAGCAGUCUGGACGUGGCCACGCAGCCCCGCAACCAGCAGAUGGAGCAAGUGCAGAUGGCCAUCUCCACGGAGUCGAGACCCGUUGGCGACGUGCGCUACGUCAUGACCGUGCGCCAUCUCAGCGCACACGCAGUGUGGCGGAUGUACAGGUCGUUCGACGAGUAUCACGGCUUCCAGGGGAGACUGCUGCGUGCGCUGCACCACGGCCACGUCUGCAGCGCUAGCCUAGCUAGCGCCAAGCUGCUGCCUCACCGGUGGGACUCGACCAAGCGGUUGGUGGCUCACCGCCAAGAAACUCUUGCUCACGUGCUCCAGACUGUGCAGACGUUCCGGUGCACGCGGCAGAACCAAGCGUCCAGCGUCAUGUCCGAGUUCCUGGACUUUGUCUACGGCCAAGUGGUUGAUGACAAGCGCGUCCUCCUCGCGCUCUGGCACGAGACGCAGCAGCGGUCACCUCGAGAUCGAGAAGCCCAAGUCCAUGUCGACUCUCCUUCAUCAGCGUCGAAGAAUGCGCGAGCAGCGGCCCUGAAGUGGCUUUUGUAG